AUGUCCACUCUGAGGGCUGCGCGCUCCUUUUUCGGCCCCCUUCCGGCAGCGAGGAAGUUGGAGUGUCCCCAACGAUGGGCUUGGUCACGUCGCUUUCAAUUCCUCCCCCACACCGGUGGUGUUACAGCAAUGAGGCAUUUGUCAAGUCCGGGCUGUGCUGGUGUGUGUGUGUACGAAGUCGUGAAAACGUCGUUGAAGCGCCAUGCUUUGAUGUGUGUGCGCGCUCACAACUAUCGUGGUGUUAAUGCGUCUCUUGCCCCACCCCCUGCGCAUUGCCGCUGUUUUAUUGCAUUGAUAACUCCCUCUCUCUCGCUAGCUUUCGCUCCCUUCGCCUCUCGAUCUCACUCUCUCACACACUCGCUCUCAUCAGCUCACUCUUUUUAA